AAAAAAAAAGAAAGAAAACAAAAAGAAAAAGAAUUUAUAAAGUACUACUGCGAUCUCUGCGAUCCGCGCAACUAUUCACAAAUUUGGUGUCGCGUAUUGUGCCACCCGGGAUCAGUUUGUUUUUCUUUUCUUUUUUUCAGUUGCGUUACAAUACACGCCGCAGAAUACCGGACUUGAUCUGAUUGUCGUUGAACCGGCUGUAAAGAAGCUCCGCAACGAUGGCUAGUGUAUCAUAUCAAAUAGCAAACCUGCUGGAGAAGAUGACAUCCAGCGAUAAGGACUUUAGGUUUAUGGCAACUAAUGAUUUGAUGAGUGAAUUACAAAAAGAUAGUAUAAAAUUGGAUGAUGAUUCUGAACGUAAAGUUGUAAAAAUGCUACUCAAAUUAUUGGAGGACAAAAAUGGAGAAGUACAGAAUCUUGCUGUAAAAUGUUUGGGUCCGUUAGUAAAUAAAGUAAAGGAUUAUCAAGUGGAAACAAUUGUGGAUGCUUUAUGUAGUAACAUGGUAUCAGACAAGGAACAGUUACGAGAUAUCUCGAGCAUUGGUUUGAAGACUGUUAUUUCCGAGCUUCCUUUGGGUUGUAAUGCACUAGUCGCUAAUGUUUGUAGACGCAUUACAGGAAAAUUGAGCAGCGCUAUUGAAAAGCAAGAGGAUGUAUCCGUACAGCUUGAAGCUCUCGACAUUGUGGCCGAUUUAUUGUGUCGAUUCGGUGCUCUGUUAGUUACAUUUCAUUCUACAAUUCUGACAGCAUUAUUGCCGCAGUUGUCCUCACCACGACAAGCGGUUCGAAAACGCACUAUAGUAGCACUGAGUCACCUUCUGACAUCCAGCAAUAGUCAGUUAUACAACCAAUUACUGGAUCAUCUUCUCGAAGGUCUUCAAAAGCAAACAUCAAAGAAUAUUAUACGUACUUAUAUCCAGUGUAUUGCUUCUAUCUGCCGACAAGCGGGUCAUAGAUUUGGUGAACAAAUAGAACGUGUUAUGCCGCUAAUCGUUCGAUACAGUAACGAAGACGAUGACGAAUUGAGAGAAUAUUGUUUGCAAGCAUUUGAAUCUUUUGUUUAUAGAUGUCCGAAAGAAAUUACACCACACAUAAAUAAAAUUAUAGAGAUUUGCUUAAUAUAUAUUACAUACGAUCCAAAUUACAACUAUGAUGACGACAACAACGAUUUUUCGGAUGGAGAAGGUGUGGCAAUGGAGGUGGAAGAAGACGGAGAAGAGGAUGCCGAAGACGAGUAUUCCGAUGACGAUGACAUGAGUUGGAAAGUUCGCAGAGCAGCUGCAAAAUGUCUAGAAGCUGUUGUAUCUAGCAGAAGAGAGUUACUACCAGAACUGUAUAAAGUAGUUUCACCUGCAUUAAUUGCCAGGUUUAAAGAAAGAGAAGAGAAUGUUAAAUCUGACAUCUUCCAUGCGUACAUCGCUUUGCUGAGACAAACUAGACCAACUACUGGUGUGCCGCUCGAUCCUGACGCAAUGGAAGACGACGACGGACCUAUUUCAUUGCUACAACAACAAGUGCCGUUAAUAGUAAAGGCGGUGCAUCGUCAAAUGAAGGAAAAAAGCAUCAAGACGAGACAAGAUUGUUUCUCUCUGCUGAAAGAAUUGGUGCUCGUUUUACCUGGUGCUUUAACUAAUCAUAUCCCAGCACUGAUUCCUGGUAUACAAUAUUCUUUAGGAGACAAGAACUCAUCUUCCAACAUGAAGAUCGACACUUUAGCUUUUGUGCACACACUAUUGGUUUCACAUCAGCCAGAAGCGUUUCACGUUCACAUGCCCGUUUUAGCACCUCCAAUUAUAUUAGCUGUAGGAGAUUCCUUCUACAAGAUCGCCGCCGAAGCAUUACUUGUAUUGCAACAGCUUGUACAAGUUAUCAGACCUCAUGACAAACCUUUCUAUCGUGGCUUCACUUCGUUAUCCAAUGAAAUAUAUCACUGCACUCUGAUGAGGCUCAGAACGGCAGAUAUAGAUCAGGAAGUAAAGGAAAGAGCCAUUGCCUGCAUGGGACAGAUUCUUGCGCAUUUUGGAGACACUCUGUCAGAUAAAUUGCAUGUAUGCCUACCUAUCUUUCUGGACAGGUUGCGCAACGAGAUAACUAGACUUACCACUGUCAAGGCUCUAACGUGUAUAGCCUCGUCUCCGUUGAGAGUCGACUUAAAACCAAUCAUGGAAGAAGCAAUACCUAUUCUUGGAUCUUUCUUAAGAAAAAAUCAACGAGCUUUAAAACUUUCUUCCCUACCUCUGCUAGAUACGUUGGUCUGCAAUUAUAGUUCAGCUUUGUAUCCGGAUCUUCUUGACAAAGUUACCAUGGAGUUACCUGCGUUAUUAAACGAAUCAGACUUGCAUAUCGCACAGUUAACGCUGAAUCUUCUCACUACUAUUGCGAAAUUGCAUCCAGCUGCUUUAACCAGAGUUUCGGAUCAUAUUCUACCAGAAAUAAUUGUAUUGGUGAAAUCGCCACUUCUUCAAGGUAUUGCAUUAAAUUCGAUGCUUGAGUUUUUCCAAGCUCUGGUUCAAGCGAAUUUGCCUGGUCUUGGAUAUAACGAACUUCUCGACAUGUUAGUACAACCGGUUAAGCAGUCUUCUUCACAACAAGUACUUCAUAAACAAGCUUAUCACUCUCUCGCCAAAUGCGCUGCCGCACUGACAAUUCCGUGGCCGCACGAAGCGCAUUGUAUCGUGCAUCAGAUGCUUCAGAACGAUCUUCAAAAUCCUACGGAUCCCGCGCCACAUAUUUUCGCCUUAUUAGUUAUUGGAGAAAUUGGAAGACACGUAGACCUCAGUGGAAUUAGUUCACUGAAACACACGAUUAUAAACUCAUUUUCGUCACACUCGGAAGAGGUUAAAUCCGCGGCCAGUUACACCUUGGGAAAUAUAGCGAUUGGAAAUCUUCCCGAAUAUCUGCCUUUUAUACUUAACGAGAUUGAGGCGCAACCAAAACGUCAAUAUUUGCUUUUGCAUUCGUUGAAAGAGAUUAUCACGAGUCAAUCGGCCAGUCCAUCCGGCGUGUCGCACUUGCAAAAUUUCGUGCCUUCGAUUUGGAUGCUUUUGUAUAGGCAUUGCGAGUGCACGGAAGAAGGUACUCGUAAUGUUGUGGCUGAGUGUCUCGGGAAGUUGACGCUGAUAGAUCCUGCCACUCUUUUGCCGAGAUUACAAGAAUCGCUCAAAUCGUCAUCCGCGCUCAUGAGAACAACAACAGUUACAGCUGUUAAAUUCACGAUUUCCGAUCAGCCACAACCAAUCGAUCCUAUGUUGAAACAAUGUAUAGGUAACUUCUUGGUCGCUUUAGAGGAUUCUGAUCUUAACGUGCGGAGAGUAGCGUUGGUUGCAUUUAAUUCCGCAGCGCACAAUAAACCUAUGCUGAUAAGAGAUCUAUUAGACGUAGUGUUGCCGCAUCUUUACGCGGAAACCAAAAUUAAGAAAGAGCUGAUAAGGGAAGUUGAGAUGGGUCCGUUCAAACACACAGUGGACGACGGAUUAGAUCUUCGUAAGGCUGCGUUUGAAUGCAUGUACACCUUGUUGGAUUCGUGUCUCGACAGACUGGAUGUUUUCGAGUUUCUAAAUCACGUAGAAAGCGGUCUCCGAGAUCAUUAUGACAUCAAGAUGUUAACCUACCUUAUGACAGCGCGACUCGCGCAAUUGUGUCCAACCGCAGUUUUGCAAAGGUUGGAGAGAUUGGUCGAACCACUGAAGAAUACUUGCACCAUGAAAGUAAAGGCAAACUCGGUGAAACAAGAAUAUGAGAAGCAAGAUGAAUUAAAGCGUUCCGCUCUAAGAGCUGUUGCGGCAUUAUUGACUAUUCCCGAUGCAGAUAAAAAUCCAUCAUUGAGCGAAUUUGUCGCUCAGAUUAAGCUCGCGCCAGAUCUGCAGCCACUCUUCGAGAUAAUACAAAAGGACUGCGCCGGCAGCAACAUGAACGAAACAAACGCGAUGGAUCAAAGCUAAAAUAGACGAAUCUCUGUGCGCGUAUGCAAUUAUUUCGAUAAACGGAAUUCGAUCAUUCUCGACUGUUUGCAUUUUGACGCAAGACAGAAUUGGUAAAAAAAGAAAAAGAAAAAAAAAAAAACAACGCGAGGGAAAACGACGAUCUCAGGACGCAGAUGAAAAAUAAAAUCGCUUGUCAUCUCUGAAACGCAAAAAAAAAAAAAAAAAAAAGCGUGCCGUUUAGAGCGCAAUUCAUACAAUUUAUGCAUGUACAUAUUUGUAAUGUCUCGUGUGCGUGACCCACUUAAUCGCCGGCACUCGAAAUAAAUUUAUCAACGAGACUUCUCGCGCACGCUUUCUCCUUGCGGGAUUGUCUUUUAUUAGCGUGCCGCCAGCGAAAAAUAUUAAUUAACAUCUAUAGCCACUUAAAUUGCAAGAGAGCACUAUUAUCCGCGAUACAUAUAAAAAAGAUUCAAAGAUCGUCGAGACGAUCAAUGAAAACGAUACUUUGUUGAGUUGGAGCAAUGCGCGUGUAACUAUAAAUAGAUAGUAAUUGCAGACAAUAACUUGCUCUCCAUCGUUGACGGUGCCAUCAUGCUAAAACGUUUGCGGUCGACAGCCUCCACCACCGCUAUGCAACAGCUGGCAGCUUGGCAGUGUCAAAAAACUGACAGAUUGUCGCGUAUUCAGAAUAUUCAGACAAAUUUCUCCCAACUGUGUGUGCUUUAACACACACACACAGAGGGAGAACGAUUUUAAGCUUCAAAAAUUUUAAUUGCGACAUACAACAAAGCACUACGAAAAUAGUUCAGUGAUCAUUGAUUACGUAAAUUAUCAUAAAUUUCGCUUUUUUCUUUUUUUAAGUACUGUAGAUUACUUAUAUUACAAGACCAAUUUGAAACAUUUGUUUGCGCGCUGUUACGUGCCGGAUAGCGGCACGUAAUAAGAUAAAAAAAAUAUGCAAGAUACUACUCUGUGAGGUGCUUUAUUAAGGUGAGAGGUGGUGUUGCUCGUCUGAGCUGUGCGAACAAGAACUGAACUUGUCUUAAACUAAAAAACGUGCGAGCUAUAGACCUUCGUUCCUAGGGCGUAAUAUUUGUCUUUUAGUGAGUCAUAGAUUUAUGCAAACGAACAACGAAGGAAUUUAGGGAGAGCGUUUGUAAGGAGAGGAAGUUCAUCGGCCCGCGCGUAUUUAUUAGUUUAUAAUUUCGGCGGGUCGUAUGUGUCAACGAAGGAAGUAGAUAAAAUCGUAAAACUUGAGCGGCGACAGGGAUCGCGCGGACACGUAACAGCGCACAUAAAUCUCGCUAAGUCUAAUAUUAAGUCAUUCUCGGAUAAAUAUGACGUUUUGGCACGCUGCCAAAAGAGUGUCGCCGCAUUCAUCUUCGUUCGUAAAAAACAUUACGUGCGCGACGAAAUAUAUAGCGACGAAAAAUUAAGAUAUAAAUAUUGUGCUUAUAAAGGGUUAUAGUCAAGACAAACAUAUGUCACGCAGUAUAAUAUGUGCAUUGUAUUUUUUUAAGCAGAUAUUUUUAUGUGUUUUCCUUUGAAAUAAAACUGAGACCGUACGUCCGAAUCUUGUUGCACGAAAACAUUUGCAUUUUUUUUUUUUUUAUCAUUUAUAUAUCGAACUUAAUUCUCUCAUUUUUUUUUCUUUUCAAAGAGCCAUUACCGUGUAAAGCGAGGCGCGUUUGAUCGGCGUAAAACGCGCGUAGGUGCGAAUUGUUAUGCGUGCGCGCGCGCGCGUGUUAAGUGUCAAUGCAACGCUCGAGUAACAACUAUGCAUCGCCGGCGUGCGUUAAUCUCACACACACUUUUGCCUCGUUCUAAAAGUGUGCACGUAUUCUCUCAUCCGCGCGAUUUAUUUAUUGCUUGUUUUCCAGCAUCUCUCUGAGAAUCUCUGUUUGCUUUUUCUCUCAGAUAGAAAAGCAAUUAGUGAAUAUAAACAACAGAGUAAAUAUCAUUGACCGAGUUUAGCAAUGACAAACUAUCGUUAUCAGUCGCGAUAACUAACCGUAUAAAGAUCUAUCGUAAAAUUGUUGCACUUUUCUUAUCAUAUUUCUUUUCCACAUAUAAAAUUAAUAUAAAUCUGUCGAGUGUUGUGUUGCGCGCGAGAGGAUGCGACGGAUAUAAAUUAUCGCGAGAUCCGUUAUUCCGGUAAACAAUGUGAGAGACACGUUUUCUACAUAAACAAACGCUCAUUUGUGACGCAUCUAUCGGACUUUAUUUUGCCUUGAUAUUUUAGGGUAAAUCAAUAAGGAAAGAAAAAACAACGUGAAUUUCGCUACCGGCGGGUCGAGGACCGAGUGUGCGAAUUUUAUUAAUUUUAGCACGCGAUGGGUAUAUGGCGUGACUCAGUUCAAGCGAUUCGCAGAUAAAAAAGCUUUUUCGGAGCAAAAUGCCGCGGAUAUUAUCAAGUUACAUCGAUCUCUCAUCAUUUCCCCGACCAAAAGCUAUCAAAACUGAGAUUUGUAUCUCGGAAUAUAUGUGCGACGCGUGUAUGGAACGUUGCGUAAUGCGUAACGAACGAGGCAAUGCGGCUCUGUACUCCCGCGGGAGUAAUUUAACAAUAAUUCUCAUGAUUGACACCGGAAAAGCCUUCACCAACUCUCACGCGAAAAACGUCUAAACCUCAAGAACACAAUGGCACCUGAAAUCGGGAAUUCGGCGUAGCGCUACCCGUGUGUAUUUUGAAACUAAAAAAUAGUACCAUGUUUUUUAUACUUUCUUCUCAGACUCAUCAAGCUUUUAUUGUUGCGAGAUUGUUUAUAGUAUGUUAAAAGUUAUUUUAUUAUAUAAACUCUGCUGUAUAUAACUUGUUAUAUCACAAAAAGUCGCACGCAAACACGCAACUCGACAGAUAUUUUACACGUAGAGAAAUGAAUAUGAGAAGAAACGUGUAUAGCCGCCGCAUACAAUCAAUAUUCGUAUCAAUUGACAAUCAGAAUUUGUUUACAACGCGCCAAAUUAGGAUGUAAUGUAAAAUAUAUAUAUAUCUAUAUGUAUUUUUUUCAUUCUGAUGCAACAUGAUAAUUGGCGAUAAAUUAUCGAUAUUUGUGAGUCAUUUAUUCGUCACAUCUUCUACGAAACUUGUCGCGUUAGUUUUUUUUUUUUAAAUAAAUUUUGACUCACACGUGUCACUUUUUAAUUUCUGAUGAAAUUAGUGAAACAUAUUUUUUUUUUUUUACCGUGCUCCGUUUGCGAAAGAUAUUUGCACGCGCAAAACCGCGACGAACAAUUUAUCACAUUUGCAAAAAAGUAUGCUCAAACUAUUGACACUCGAUCGUCAACGUUUUCUCACAAUAAUCUGCACGAUCUGAAUGGGGAUCCAUCACGUGUCAUUUACAUGCCGCUCGUGAUUUUUUUCCGCUCAUACACGACCGUCUUGUUUUACUUAUUUGCGUAAAUCGCCCGUUACGGCGCGUA